AUGGACUCUGAAAAGAAUGAAAUUAAGUUCCAAGUGAAUGAUGAAGAAGUGACUUUCCAAGCAAGCAAGGGGAUGAAGUUGCCAAGCGCUUAUGAGAGUAUCUCGAUUAUUGAUUCGUUUGAUGGGAUUGACGAUGCUGUCGAAUAUAAAAUGGAAGAAGAAAGUCUGGGAGAAGCCCUCACUGCAGUUCUGAUAAACUUUGAUUCUUGUGAUAUGGAGGGCUACGUGGAAACUAUAAACGCGCUUGAGGGUUUAGGUUCCUACACUUACCACCCAAGAAAGCUUGAUCUUGAUCUUGCAAAUAGAACUACUCCACCAGCCAAGCCUUUUAUUGUUGAGCCACCAAAGCUUGAGCUUAAGCAGCUCCCAGCGCACUUGAGGUAUGAGUUCCUUGGUCCGAACAACACAUUGCCGAUUGAUCAUUUUAGCAUUAUUGGUCGAGGAGCAGUUGAGCGUUUAGUGGAGAUUUUGCGCGAGUACAGACGUGCUAUUAGUUGGACCAUAGCAGACAUUUGGGGUAUUCCUUCUGGUAUUUGUGAGCAUAAAAUUCGGCUAGAGGAGGACAAAGAACCGGGUGUUGAGCAUCAGCGGAGAUUGAACGUGAACAUGCAAGAGAAAGGAGGUAUCACUGUGGUGCCUAAUGCAAAGAAUGAGCUGAUUCCCACUCGUACAGUUACUGGAUGGCGUGUUUGCAUGGACUAUAGGAAGCUGAAUACUGCCACUUGCUCUAAUCAAAUCAACAUUGCCUUAGAAGAUCAAGAGAAGACGACAUUUACUUGUCCCUACGGGACGUUUGCGUUCAGCCGAAUGCCCUUUGGGCUGUGCAAUGCACCAGCCACUUUUCAGAGGUGCAUGAUGUUGAUCUUUUCUGACAUGGUAGAGGAUUUCUUAGAGGUAUUCUCUGUUGUUGGUGAUUCGUUUGAUGACUGUCUUGACCAUCUGGGUCAACUUCUUGAAAAAGAGGCUAAAUUUGUGUUUGAUGACAAGUUUCGAAAGGCGUUUGAUGAACUAAAGGAGCGCCUUACUACUGCUCCUGUGAUUGUUACUCCGGAUUGGUCCUUGCCCUUUGAGUUGAUGUGUGAUGCUAGUGGUUUCGCGAUAGGUGCGGUGCUUGGCCAGAGGCACAAUAAAAUUAUGCACCCGAUCUACUAUGUUAGUAGGACACUUAAUGCGGCGCAGAUGAAUUACACGGUGACUGAGCAAGAGCUGCUUGCGAUGGUAUAUGCUUUUGAGAAGUUUCGGUCCUAUUUGUUGGGGUCCAAAGUUGUGGUGUACGCUGACCAUCUUUGCGUUGAGGUCGCAGAUCAUCUCUCUAGGCUUGAGAAAAUUGGGGUGCCAGCAGAUGAAAUUGAUAUUGAAGAUACAUUUCCGGAUGAGCAAGUUUUGGCGGUGUCUAUGCAGGUGGCACCUUGGUUUGCCGAUUUUGCCAACUACUUGCUCCCAGAGAGUGAGGUAUUGGAGAUUUUGAAGGCUUGCCACGACUCUGUAGUUAGGGGACAUCAUAGUGGUACAAGGACUGCUGUCAAGGUUCUCAAAUGUGGUUAUUAUUGGCCUACUCUCUUUCAUGAUGCUAAUCUGAUGGUGCGUUCUUGUGAUCAGUGCCAAAGGCAGGGGAAUAUUGGUAGGAGGCAAGAGAUGCCUAUGAACUUUGUAAUUGAGGUUGAAAUGUUCGAUGUUUGGGGAAUUGAUUUUAUGGGUCCCUUUAACAUAUUUACUCGUUUUGGUACCCCAAGGGCGAUAAUCAGUGAUGGUGGUUCUCACUUUUGCAAUAAAGCCUUUGCGGGAUUGAUGAAGAAGUAUGGAGUCAAGCAUAGGGUGGCAACCCCGUAUCAUCCUCAGACAAGUGGGCAAGUGGAAGUCUCUAAUCGGGAGAUAAAGAGUAUUUUAGCAAAAACGGUGAAUGCGAAUAGAACUGAUUGGGCCCGCAAGCUCGAUGAUGCUCUAUGGGCUUACCGGACCGCGUUCAAAACUCCGGGCAAAUUGAAAUCACGGUGGUCAGGUCCCUUUGAAGUGGUAAGUGUCUCACCCCAUGGAGCUAUUGAAUUGAAGUCCGAAGACGGAACUCAGACAUUUAAGGUGAACGGGCAGGGGGUGAAGCACUACUAUGGUAUGAUUGCGGGAGAUAGAAUUGUGGACCGAUAUCAGUUGAAGCAUCUUGGGACGAAUGCUGACUCGACGAGUCCCGACCAAGAGUAA